AUGGGUUCCAAGACAAUUCUUCUACUUGGCCUUCUGGCUAUGGUUCUUCUGAUUGCAUCAGAAGUGUCAGCCCGGGAAUUGUCUCAGACUUCCACUGAUAAGGAGGCUGAGAAGACAAAUGGGGUUGAAGAAUCCAAGUAUCUAGGAGGUGGAUAUGGAGUAUACCCUGGCGGAGGUUUCCCCGGUGGUGGAUAUGGAGGAUACCCUGGCGGAGGUUUCCCCGGUGGUGGAUAUGGAGGAUACCCUGGUGGAGGUUACCCCGGUGGUGGAUAUGGAGGAAGGCGCUACUGCCGCUAUGGCUGCUGUGGCCCGAGCUAUUACCCUGGAAGGGGUUGCAGGUGCUGUAGAUAUGCUGGUAAGGCAGUGGAUGCUGAACCUCACAACUAA